AGCUCACCAGGAAAUGGGGAUUGGAGGGUCCCAAAAUAAUAUGUGUUGUAAAACAGGAGAAACAUAAAAUGCGACAUUAUCGGAAUUUGUUCUAAACUGGAAACCUCUACCACCUGAGGUUAACCUCUGCACGAGUUGGCACCGUGGCACAGCCAGUGCGUCGGGAUGUAUCAAAUAUGACGAGGGGCCAUAACCUAAAUCGCCGAGGAGCGGAUUGAUAAUAAUAAUAAUAAUAAAGGGUGGACAGUGCCGUUGACCGUGGGUGAUCGGGAUCCAGGAAAAUGACGGACCUCGACGAGUGGAUAAACAUCGCCAAGAAUUGCAAGUACCUGCCCGAAAACGACCUGAAGAAACUGUGCGAUAUCGUCUGUGAUCUUCUGCUCGAAGAGGCCAACGUUCAGCCCGUAUCGACCCCAGUCACAGUCUGCGGCGACAUCCAUGGCCAGUUUUAUGAUAUGGAACAGCUUUUCCGAUCGGGGGGCCAAGUUCCUGACACCAACUACAUAUUCAUGGGCGAUUUUGUUGACCGUGGCUAUUACAGUCUAGAGACCUUCACGAGGCUCCUCACCCUAAAAGCUCGCUGGCCAGACAAGAUAACCCUGCUCAGGGGCAAUCACGAAACACGCCAAAUCACUCAAGUCUACGGUUUCUACGACGAAUGCCAUAACAAAUAUGGAAAUGCGAAUGCUUGGAAGUAUUGUUGUAAAGUUUUUGAUAUGUUAACUAUUGCAGCUUUAAUUGAUGAACAAAUUCUCUGUGUACAUGGAGGCCUUUCACCAGAUAUUAUGACCUUAGAUCAAAUAAGGUGUAUAGAAAGAAACAAAGAAAUUCCUAAUAAAGGAGCAUUCUGUGAUCUCGUUUGGUCGGAUCCUGAUGAUAUAGACACAUGGAGCGUGAGCCCUAGAGGAGCCGGAUGGCUUUUCGGUGCGCUGGUCACAAAGGAAUUCAUGGAAUUGAACAAGCUCAAAUUGAUUUGUCGAGCCCAUCAACUUGUUCAUGAAGGUCUUAAAUAUAUGUUUGACGAUCAACUUGUCACCGUAUGGUCCGCCCCAAACUACUGCUACAGGUGUGGUAACAUCGCGGCGAUCCUCGCCUUCAAGACUGUCGGCCAGAGUGAGCCGAUCACUUUUGCAGCCGUCCCGGAGAAUGAGAGGGUGAUCCCACCAAGAAACAUAACCCCCUACUUCCUAUAGCAGCCAGAAGCCUGGUACUGGAAAGCCGCUUCUCAUUAUUUUUUUGCAUUGAACAGACUUGUCUGUUGUUAUUGUUAUAAUUAAAACCGAACAGAAUAAGGGGGAGUAGAGGCUAUAAAGCAAAAAAUCUGUUCAGAAAAUGAAAGAGAAUUUUUUUUAACUGAGAAAAAGAGAUGUUGAGGUUUAUCAUUAUAAAAUGUGUGAUCUGAUUGUUGUGCAUAUUGUAUUCCGUAUUUAAGUUUGUACCUGUGAUGUCCAGUGUAUUUAUAUUACAUUUUCCUAAUGUUUUUAUUCUAAUUUUUCAAGAUUUUUUUUCUUUCAAUUAUAUCGAUAUGUGGCUUUAAUUCACCUUAUAAACAGUUCGUUCAGUUAAAAGCAUAACAAAAUAUAAUUUGUUACCAAUGCCUAUUAGUAAAUAGAUUUUGUAAUUUAA